AUGAAAUUGGGUUUUAGCAAUAUAUUAUGCGGAUUAUGUGUAUUAGUUGAAAUAACAAAAAAUGCACCUUUAUGUGAUGCAUCUAGUACGAAUGGUAAGGGGGGUGUAGACUCUGUGUCGAAGAAAUCUUUCGUCAUUGAACUUGAAGACUCCACUUUUGAAAGAAAGACCCAAGCUUCUUCUGGUGGCACUUCUGGUGUAUGGUUUGUCAAGUUUUAUGCACCAUGGUGUGGACAUUGUAGAUCAAUGGAGAAUGAUUGGAAUGAGUUGGCCAAUAUUUUGGGCAAACAAAUUAAUGUAGCAAAAAUUGAUGCUACAAAACACAGUGUUACUGCGAAAAGAUUUGGAAUUACAAGUUUCCCAACACUUUUGUUGCUGAAAGAUGGAAAUUUCUAUCAAUAUGAAAAUAAUAAUAGAACUGCUGAUGCUCUUAAACAAUUCGCUUUGCAUGGCUAUAAACAGGUUAAAUCAAAGCCUGUUCCUAAAGAAUGGAGUUAUUUUGUUCGGUUCAAAUUCUUUAUCAAAUCUGGAUUUUAUGAAGUUAAGCGCAUAUACCAGUUAGCAUAUCCUGGGUUCAUAACAAUUUCAUUCAUAUCAUUUGUAUUAGGCAUUGUAAUUGGUGCUGUUUGUAUGUUUUUUUCUCUAGUUCUGUUCGAAAAGAACACCAAAGGUAAUAAAAAACCAAGUAUAAAACAUGACUAA